ACAGAGCGAACAGAGUAAUCAAAACAGUGAGUGCAUGGAUUAAUUGAAAAUAUGGAAUGUCCAGUUUGUUCAGAGAUAUUUCCAGUGACUGAGAUUGAAAAUCAUGUGGACAGGUGUCUAUUUAGUGAGAGUAAUCGGACACCUUCUGCAUCAGUCAGUAAGAGGACAUUUCCAUUCUUAAAUAGUGAGAAACCAGAUCUGAAGAAGCCCAAAGUUCAGGAAAUCCCAGAUGUUGAUACAAAGCCCCAGGCCUCUGGAGGACAACAAUUAAAUAAAGAUAAUUUGAAAUCCAAAAAAGUUGAGAUGUUCAGUUCUAAUUCACGAUUUGGUGGAGAAAUGUCUAAGAAGAAAACGUCAGGUGUCAAAGAGCACGUGCCAUUGGCAGAAAGACUGAGACCUGUUGAUUUCAGUGAUUAUAUUGGGCAGAAGCACAUGGUGGGGUCUGAGACAGUUCUGGGGCAGUUGAUGGAGAAGAAAGAAGUGACCAGUAUGAUUUUGUGGGGUCCUCCGGGCUGUGGCAAGACGUCUCUAGCCAACAUCAUUGCCAAGAUGACGAAGAAGAGGGGCAGCUUGGACACUAGAUUCGUCAAACUUUCAGCAACAUCCUCUGGUAUUGCUGAUAUUCGACAGGCAGUUGCAACUGCAAUGGCAGAAUCCAAGAACAAUCGUAGAACAGUUGUCUUCAUGGAUGAGAUCCACAGGUUCAACAAACUUCAGCAAGACAUUUUUCUGCCACACGUUGAGGCUGGAAUAUUUAUUCUCAUCGGUGCGACCACAGAAAACCCAUCAUUCAGUCUCAACUCAGCCCUUCUGAGUCGAUGUAGAGUUUUUUCGUUGGAAAAAUUGUCCUCAAAAGACGUGACACAGAUUCUGCAGAGAGCAGUGACAGCCCUAGAGGGUGGCAUCAUUCCGAAGAAUCAAUCCGAAGAAAAAGGACAUGAGGAAGACUUUCUGAUUGAGAGAGAGGCCUUGGAUUGGCUGGCAGAAGUCUGCGAUGGAGAUGCCAGAGUUGCUUUAAGUAGUCUGGAACUCACUGUCAAAUCUAGAGGAAGAGGAGCCCAAGGAGUACCGAGAAUUAGUUUAAGAGAUGUUAAAUCAAAUCUGGAAAAGGCAUAUUCUAUGUCAGAGAGGGAGAGCGACAGGAAUCAGGAUUUGGUGGCUGCAAUGCAUAAAUGUAUUAAGGAUAGUCAUGCCAAUGGAGCUUUGUAUUGGCUGGCGAGGCUGAUGGCGAGUGGAGAGGAUCCAGUCUUCAUUGGGAAACGAUUGAUUAGAAUUGCCAGUGAAGAUGUCGCUUUUGAUGAUCCUGAUGCUUUGGAUACUGCUGUUCAUACUAUGCAUAGUUGUCAAAUGAUCGGGAUGCCGGAGUGUGAUGUGAUCUUGGCACAAUGUGUCUGUUAUCUGUGUAAAGCUACCAAAGCUAGAACUAUUGAUUCAGCCCUCAGGCGUGUCCAGAAGAUAAUUGCCGAUCACAAAGGCCCACAGCCAUCAGUCCCAAUGUUUAUCCGGGAUACGUCUUCUCAAAGAAAAUUACAAGUCACUGUCGGCCGGAAUUUAGUGAGAAUGGACGAUAAAAGCAGAAAUCAUUUGCCAGCAGGUCUAGAAUCUACAGAUUUCUUCGUGGAAGAUGACGAUGAUUACAAUACACACUGACUUCAUUUACUCCAUUUUUUUACAACCCAAAAUGUCAGAAUGAUCAGUGAUUUAUCUCCACACAAAAAUUUAUUUAUCGAUAUCUGUAAAUGAAAAGUGUCCAGUGGACUUUUGUCCGUUUCCGGUUAGACAAUUUUAUUUUUU